CUUACCCUUGCAAGGCAUCACCCUUGGGGUUCCUCCCCUGUGACAAAGUUGCAAACAAAACCCGUACUCUUCCCAGUCAGAACCGUAAUGGUCGCUGCGCUUGCAACUGCCUUCACAACAUCACCAUUACCAUCAACAACAACAAUAAUACAGCAAUAUGUCGCUAGCGGUCAAAAUGCCCCGCGCAAACUCAGCAGGCUUAGGAGGAGGCGGACACCACCACCAGAUCCAACAUGCCGCAGGAAUUGCUCCAAGUUCCCCACGAACGAUUCUCAAACGGGGUGAGCUGCCGCCACAGCCUUCGGUUACUCAGAUAGCAGCAACCACCACGAAUCAGGCUGGCCAGGCGAGGAACAGGAGCGUCAGCUCGGGAAAAGCACGCAACAACAACGGCGCAUCUCGAAAGUCCAACAACAACAACCAAACUGCCCUAAAUGUCGAACAAGUUCGAACUUCUGAAUUGCAGAGGAAAGAUUCGGGAGAAUCUACUGGACGGGAGUCCUCUAGGCGAGGCCAAAGAGCUCAGCGCAACCACACCGACCCCAAUAUCAGCAGCAACAAUAUCAAUGGUGCUACACCGGCGGCAAAUGGAGUCGCCCCGAAACCAUCAGACGCAAAGCCUGUGGGAGCAUCAUUCACGACCCCGACGAAAGCAAGCCGCAAGGAAACAACACAGCAGCAGGAAAAGUCCAGAACGGGAAAAGCGCAACCCAACCACAGCGAAGUCAAGACCGGAAAACCGCACAAUAACAACGUUGGGAUUCCCGGAGUUGACGCUGGACGAGCUGCUGAAAACGGAACAACGUCUGCCAGGAAGCGUCGGAACAAUAACAAUAGCGACAAUUCAGCUUCGGUGCAUCAAAGUAGCAACGGGAACGGGAACGGCAAACGCGUUGACAAUCAACGUGAGAAUGCCGCCCUGGCCGAGGAGUAUCCGGUCAUCUACCCGGUUUUUUUUCCGCAAACAUCCCGCAGAGUUCCGCAGACGUCCACAACACCUUCGCAGAGGCAACGCCGGUUGAGCGCGCCCGAUCUCCGUCUGCAACAAAUGGCAAAGUCCCUCAUUCCCUCAGACUCGACCACGCGAAACCCCGCAGAGAAUCCACAAGGAGAUGCUAUCAUAACUAGCCCCUCCAAGAACGACGCCCUGUACGCCGGAGCAACCUUCCAGAACUCGCCCGCGGCAAGCGCGCUGCCCAUGCCAACCUUCUCGAACCGCAACAGCACAGGUCCGAAAACUCUCUUCCCGAAUGCGGGCGCAUUCAUCCAACCGGACCAUCAUCAUCACCACCACCACGACGCCUACAUGGAAUCGUCCUCUCUCCCAGGCCCGGGCAUGCAUCAUCUCACUGAGCACCUCCCCCGCGGACCCACCCGCACCGUCUCCCACGAAGCGCUUGCGAACGUUGCGGGAUCUCACCAGCGUAGUCACAACUUGAGCCAUGGUGUCAACAUGCACCACCCCCAUCAGCACCAGCAGCAAGUUAAGGACCUCGAAUUGUUUUCCAUGGAUGAUGAGCAGCAGCGCGAUACCGGAGAGCAUAUCUAUAAUGACGAGGAGCUGAGGCAGAAAUCGCGCGAUUUGUUGUCGCUGCUCACGCGGGCCGGUGUCAACGCAAAUCAGGCGCACCGACACCCACACCAUCAGCAGGAUCACGCUUCUUCCGGUUUCCACAUGAACCACCACGAAAACCACCCCUUCACCGCCUCUCACAGCCUGACCCACAACAACAACCGCAACUCAGUCUCCUCCGCGCCUUCCACACCCUUCAUGUACGGAGGCGACGAUUAUACUCACCCCUCCACCUACGGCGGGCAAGCCGGCCAAUCCUCCCCGCCCGGCCCCACACCGGCCUUACCCUCCGGAACUGCUACGCGACACCAGUCUUUGCCGCUACACGUUUCGGCGUUGGUGCCCCCGCAUUCGGGUCCGGUGGGGGGUGACCAUCACCACCAACAAUAUAGGCAGUUGGAACCGGUUAAGGACGAGCAGAGCGUGUUGGCGCGGAUCAGUUAUGAUUUGAAGAGUAUGCUGAAUAUUGGACGGCAGGGAUGAGGGCGAGAGCGACAUCACAACAACCGCACAUUGCCGCUAUGUCCUACACCCACACACCCCUCGCAAUUUACGACGCGACGAGACAACCCGCCUUUGAUUUA